AAUGCUGCAUAGCCAUACCCCUUUCUCAGAUCAUCUACUUUGAGGAACAAGCUGCGGGUAUCGGAAAGAGUGCCAAGAUAGUGGUCCACCUGCACGCUUCCCCGGCCAAUAAGGAGCCAGGACCCUACCAGCAGAGCAAGUUCUCCUACUUCAAACUGUCCUUCAAAGAGCAUGGACAGAUAGAGUUCUUCCGGAGGCUGACCGAGGAGUUGAGCCAGAAGAGAUGGGAGAGUACGCCCAUGUCACAACCCAUCCCUACGGCAACCAACUCAAAGACAGGAAGGACGCGAGCGGUGGGGAUCGUCGGCAUCGAGAGGAAGAUAGAGGAGAGGAGGAAAGAGACAGAGAAAAACAUCUCAGAGGCCUUUGAGGACCUCAGUAAGCUGAUGGUGAAGGCGAAGGAGAUGGUGGAGCUGUCCAGGUCCAUCGCCAACAAAAUCAAAGACAAGCAGGGAGACAUCACAGAGGAUGAGACUAUCCGGUUCAAAUCCUACCUUCUCAGUAUGGGCAUAGCCAACCCCGUUACCAGGGAGACGCACGGCUCAGGUACCCACUACCACCUACAGCUGGCCAAGCAGCUGGGAGACAUUCUGCUGGCACCACUAGAGGAACGUGGUGGAAUGAUGGCUCUGACUGAAGUGUACUGUCUGGUCAACAGAGCUAGGGGAAUGGAG